GUCGCCCGAAUUCCUCUGCCGCGUCGGGCCCAACUGCAGCCCCGACGAGGACUCUGCCGGUGGAAAUUCCGCCGCCAUCGAUUGCGUAACUAACUAAAACUUGAGUAAUCGGGAUGAAAGCACCAGAUGUUACGGACGUUCUCCGCAACGGCUCCGUGAUCUUCCUUCUCGGCGGAACCACGAGCAAUUUCCACGACAAACUCGCGGCAAUUGAUCGAACCCCUGCUGAUUUGGUGGACGUCUUCCACAAAGCAACAAGAAACAAACCCUAGGGCGGUUCGACGUAUCCUAAUUCAUCCGGGAAAGAACCGCAAAGAAAACCCGAACGGGGCUUAUAAAUCAGGCCCGACUCAACAGUAAGUAAAUUAAUGUUUCAAAAAUACUAAAACAUAAAAGGAAAGAAAUAAAAAGGAAACAAAAAGAAUCGGCUAACUCUUGAACUUGUUCGGCGCCUUGAGCUUGUCUCUCGGCCUCAAGGAUCUCUUCGACACAAUCAAUUCUUCACUUCGGUCAUUCACGCAUUGCGUCGUGCUGCUCGGCUGCGUCGUGCUGCUCGGCUCCGGAAGCGCUGCGUCGAGCUGCUCGGCUGUUGUCGCCUCCAGCUCGGCAUGCUGCUCGGCUGUUGUCGCCUCCAGCUCGGCAUGCUGCUCGGCUGUUGUCGCCUCCAGCUCGGCAUGCUGCUCUGCUGUUGCGUCUGGUGUCGGGGGUCUCGUAUCAAAGCAUCGUCGAAACGUGGAGUUUGUAGCGGGGGAUAUGGUGUUGCUAAAACUCCAACCUUAUCGUCAGCAUUUGGUCGCGCGGCCGUUGUCAGCAAAAUUGGCGCGUCGCUAUUAUGGGCCAUUUGAAGUGAUUGAGCGGAUCGGGCAAGUGGCCUAUCGGUUGCGGCUCCCGGAGGGGAUCAUAAUUCAUAACGUGUUUCACGUUAGCCUUCUUCGCCCGUUUGUAGUUGGGGAUUCAGAGGGACCUCAGGGUGAUUUGCCGUCAGAUUUUUUCGGCAAUCGCCCGGUGGUGUAUCCGGUGCGUGUGCUGGAGAGGAGGUUGCUUUGGAAUGGGGAUCAGCCAAGGGAGCAUGCUUUGGUUCGCUGGUUGGACGGUACAGAGUCGCCGACAUGGGAGCCUUUGGAUGUGCUUCACCAGAAGUUUCCGAAUAUCCUCCUUGAGGACAAGGAUGUUGCUAUGGAGAGGGGGGUUGAUACAAUCCCAACUGAACCGCAAGCACGGCAGGAACCGAUCGUGGAACAGAGGAGAAAGAGUGACGAGGAUAAGGGGACAAAGGGAGUUCGAGAGGAAGCUUCCAUCGCGAAGUCAAAGCCGACGAGGAACGCGAAGCCUCCGAGCAGAUUCGGCAACUUCGUUGCCAAGUAGUUAUUUCCAUAUUUAUCUUUCUUUUAUUUUAAGUAGUAGUCGAACAUUAGUGUUUUAUUUUGGAAUAUUUUAUUAAUUAUUUUUUGCAAUUUAGUCGAGCGUAAUUAUAAGCUCCGUCGGGUUUUCUUGUUGGUUCUUUCCCGAUGUUUAGGAUUAGGUCAAACAAAACCUAGGGUCCGUAAAAUAUAAAUAGGGCUAUUUUGUUCAUAACCUAUCAUGAAUGAAAAUAUUAUUUGCCCAACAUAUCGUUGACAAUUGAAAACCUAGGCGACGAACUGCCCGACGGGAACGGAUUCCCGCGCACAGUCGAUCACCUCGUGCCGCCGACCCGAUCACAGGCGCCGGAAAUUAUCUUUCUGCUGUCAACCACGGUUGCCGACGUGUUGAGGGAAAAAAGCCCUUAACACAAAACUAGUAUAUAAAAUAAUUUUUUUUGUAGAGUCAUUUAUCAUUUUUUAGCAAAAGGUAACUCAUUUUCCAUCUCUUACCUUAUUGUCUCUAUUUUCUCUCUUUCCUACUUUAUUAUAUCUUCAGUUAAUACAUUUAAAUAUUUAUUUCUUAAUCCGUGACGAAAAGAAAUGACUCUAUGACUGCGGAAUGGAGGGAGUAUCUUCUAAUUCUAAUUAAGAUUUCUAUGCUCUAACUUGACGGAACACAAUUUUCUUGCAAUUAGGUGUGGAAUUGUGGAUUUAGGUAAACUGGAAACUUUUUAACUUUAAUAUGGAUUGUAUAAAUUUUGUGAAGCCUAGGGUUAUAAAUCUAUACAAA